GAUAGAUAUUUGCAAAUGCUUUUGGUACCAACUUUACUUAUUGUUUUGGUUGAACUUUAAAUUUUAGAGAUGGGUAGGUGAACAAACAAGUCCAUUCUCCAUCCUACUACUACUACUACUACUACAAUUGUAGCUACUUUUGAUGAGGAGGCGGGGGAGUACGUGACGUCAACAUUUUGGUUUGUUUUCGACUCGACUCGACUUGACUCAACUCAUUCUCUCCUUCAUCAUUUUCUCCGCCGGAAAAUCCUCGAUUUUCCCGAGAAAAUUAUACAUUCCAAAAGAAAAACAGGGCAUGAUGCUUUCGAUUGGUUCCAUAUUCCGUCGUUCUACGCAGCUAAGAGCUUCGGUUCUCCAGCUUCAGCUUUCGUCCUACUCUUCUUCCGCGGCUGCAAUUCAAGCUGAGAGAACAGUCAAAGAAGGUCCGAGAAACGAUUGGACCCGUAAUGAGAUCAAGGCCGUCUAUGAUUCUCCUGUUCUCGAUCUUCUUUUUCAUGGAGCUCAAGUUCACAGGCAUGCUCAUAACUUUAGAGAAGUGCAGCAGUGCACUCUCCUUUCUAUCAAGACGGGUGGAUGUAGUGAGGAUUGUUCAUAUUGUCCUCAGUCCUCUAGGUAUGAUACAGGUGUAAAAUCCCAGAAGCUUAUGACCAAAGAUGCUGUUUUGGAGGCAGCAAAAAAGGCGAAAGAGGCUGGUAGUUCACGUUUUUGUAUGGGUGCAGCAUGGAGAGAGACAGUGGGAAGAAAGACAAACUUCAACCAGAUCCUUGAAUAUGUUACAGAAAUAAGGAAUAUGGGGAUGGAAGUAUGCUGCACUUUGGGUAUGAUAGAGAAGCAGCAAGCUGAAGCACUCAAGAAGGCAGGCCUCACAGCUUAUAACCACAAUCUUGAUACUUCAAGGGAAUAUUACCCGAACAUUAUUACAACAAGAACCUAUGAUGACCGCCUUCAAACCCUUCAGUAUGUUCGGGAUACAGGGAUUAAUGUCUGCUCAGGUGGAAUAAUAGGUCUUGGAGAGUCCGAGGAGGACCGAGUUGGUUUAUUGCAUACUUUGGCAACACUACCUACACAUCCAGAAAGUGUUCCAAUCAAUGCAUUACUUGCAGUGAAAGGCACACCUCUUCAGGAUCAAAAGCCGGUUGAAAUAUGGGAGAUGAUUCGGAUGAUUGCCACGGCUCGUAUUGUUAUGCCAAAAGCUAUGGUGAGGCUGUCAGCUGGUAGAGUUCGAUUCUCCAUGCCCGAGCAGGCAUUAUGUUUUCUGGCUGGAGCAAAUUCAAUUUUCACGGGUGAGAAGUUGUUGACUACCCCAAACAAUGAUUUUGAUGCUGACCAACUCAUGUUCAAGGUGCUGGGACUGACCCCAAAAUCUCCUAGUUUUUCGGAUGAAAUAUCAACGGUCGAUGAGUCAGAAGGUCAUCAGGAAGCCAUUUCUAGCUCAGCUUGAAUUUACUGGUAAAAACAGAAUGUAUUUCCAUAGCAUUAGUCAGUAGCCUAGUAGCUUGUAACUUGUAGCCAGUUAUUGAAUUUUCUCUGUUAUGAAAAUAGUGUAUUGGUUCCUUGCAUUUGAUUCUCUAUUUUAUCCAGUUAAAUAUGUGAAAAGGUGGCCUGGAGCACAUCUGUAAGGUGUCUUUUGGUUGUAACAGCAAUGGAACGUAGAAGGAACUUUUCUACUUUUGUAUGGUUUGGAAUUUGAAAUAACUAUUAUAAUUGGUUCUUUAUAGAA